UGGUCACGUGCAGCUCGUCGGGCGCGCGCACAUAGGACUUCCCAGACCUGUUAGCGUCCACAAUCUUCCUGUAUGCCUGCCUGCAUCUUAAAGCGUCCUUGCCAAUGGGUGUAUUAAGUGGGUGGGUUACUAAACACCCUAACCCGUGCGGAAGCACCUAGCACGUCAUCAACUGCCCUCGGCAAAACUUUUUUUGUUGCUUUUAGCCGUUUGGCAACACUGUGGUUUUCGAGAGGCAACUUUUCUUUUUGACUUGACACAAGACACAAGAUGAGCGACAAGACUCUGCAAGGGAUGUGAACCCAUUGCUUUUUUUUUUUUCUUUGAAGUUUUGCUGAAAUGAGAAUCUACUUCAAGAAAUCCAUUCUGAUAAUAGGCUUCACUUCCUUGCUCUUCAUCCUUUUUGUUGUACUAAGCUCAAAGAAUGAGGACGAUGUAUCCACUAAAGCAGAAAAACUUUUGUCAAGAGAGAUUUCCUUGCAGCAGAUUAAUUCUGAACAAAACCUGCAAAACUUCAAAGAUCUCUGGCACUCCUACUCCUACAAUGUUUCAUACGACUUCCUGGCUGGGUUUCCUGUCCAGAAACAGAAGUUCCUUGCAAUUGGUCUCUCAUCGGUCAAAAGAAAGCGAGGCAAUUAUGUUCUCGAAACUCUCAAAUCCAUUUUUGAGAAAUCAACGGAUGAGGAACUGAAAGAGAUGGUGGUUGUGGUCCACCUUGCAGACUUUGAUAAAGCCUGGAAUAUGAAAGUAGCAAAGGAUAUUUCCACAAAGUUUGCACGCCGUAUUCUUUCCGGACAUCUGCUCAUCAUCCACGCGCCUCAGGAACAUUAUCCUCCUUUGGAAGGUCUGAAGCGGAACUUCAAUGACGCAGAGAACCGUGUGACAUUUCGCUCCAAGCAGAAUGUGGACUAUGCUUUCCUGCUUAACUUCUGUGCCAAUUUGUCUAGCUACUACCUUAUGAUCGAGGACGACGUUAAGUGUUCCAAGUCUUUCUUUACCAUUAUCAAAAAAUCCAUUGCAUCUAGAAAGGGGACCUACUGGGUCACACUGGAAUUUUCCAAGCUAGGAUACAUUGGUAAGCUUUAUCAUUCUAGUGACUUACGAAGACUUGCUCAGUUUCUUCUCCUGUUCUAUCAAGAGAUGCCCUGUGACUGGUUAUUAGGUCACUUUCAAAAUCUUUUAGCUCAAAAGGAUGUGAUUCGCUUCAAGCCCUCUUUAUUUCAACACACUGGAUAUUAUUCCUCCUUCCUGGGCACAGCCAAUCUUUUAAAGGAUGAUGAUUUUGAGGAGGACCCCUCUGAUAUCCCUGAUAACCCACCUGCCACUAUUUUCACUGACAUCAGUACAUUUGAAUCUUACUAUCCUAAAAAAGCUUAUAGCAACAUGGACGAAUAUUUCUGGGGCAAGUCGCCAUCUGCUGGAAAUUAUUUCACUAUAAUAUUCAACAGACCUGCAGUAUUAAACAAGCUCCGUAUCUACACAGGCAGUAAUGAACGCAAAGGAGAUGUCUUACAGUUUGGUGAUGUGGAGUUAGGAAGUCAACUUGGCAAAUCAAGAAACCAAUUGGAAUGUUCCAGUUACACUAAAAUUGGGAGUUUUGUCGAUGGACACUUUCAGAAAGAUGACAUCUAUAAAAGUUAUGACAGUCCUGUGUCUUGCGUGAAAAUUGUGAUAACUAAAAGUCAAAGCAAAUGGCUUAUUAUUCAGAAUAUUAGUAUAUGGACACAGCAACUUUUAAAAUAAGAAAACUGUUUUAAAUAUUAUUUUUGUAAAAGAAGAAUUGCAUGCACAAUGGUUGGACCCGUGAGGCAGCAGUGCUAACAUCCUGAGUUUGAACCGUGUGGCCAGUUGCUGGCUCGAUGGAGUUUGCAUGCUCUUUCAAGGACUGUCGGCCCCAUCCUGGGCACAGCCACUCUCUUAAAGGACGAUGGUAUCCCUGGUCUUUCUUCUGGGUACUAUGGUUUUUCUUCUGACAUUCCUAAAAAAUUACAUGUUAAUAUGUGUUGGAGUGGGUGUGUGGGCCUCUAGUAGCCUCCGGCCUCUGCUAUGACCCUGGCUUGACUUGAAAAUGUUCUGUUUGUAUUUAUAUGUGUGUGUGUGUGUGUGUGUGUAUGUAUGUAUAUAUAUAUAUACUGUAUAUAUAUAUAUAUAUUGUGACAGUUUUAAGGGUCCCCGUGACCCCUUGAACCCUUAGACCAGACGUCACACACUAGAUAAAAGUCCAAAAUGAAUAUUUAUUAUUAUAAAUAAGUGCACAAAGCACCUUCACUCCACUAUACUCCAAUAAAUCAAUAAUCACAAAUAAGCAAUCAAUACAAUCCUCCACUCCCAGACACAUUGCCACCCUUCCACCCAGCUCAGCUCAUCGUCUGGGAUUUCCCAUCAUCCUUUUAUAUUCCCUGACCUGGAAGUGGUUCCAACCCUACAGUCCAUGUGAUUCCUUAUCACUUACGGGUCAGAUAAAAAGUCCUUUUCUUCAUCUUGGAAGCACGUCAUUUCCCUUGUCGCCUUGGAUACGACAUACUUCCAGGUUAUAGGGCAUGUAGAAUUCCCUGAGCCUCCCUACAGCAUCUCCUGGAGGUCCCCAUGGUAUACAACAGGGCUGGUUGUAAAAACUACAAGGUCCAUGAGGCCCUGCUGGAAUUCGGGGAACCUCUAUGCUGCUGGGAGGGCUCCAUCUGGCGGCUUGGAGGUGUGGACCAGAAUAUAUGGCCGGCCAUCCCUUACAAUAUAUAUAUAUAUAUAUAUAUAUAUAUAUAUAUAUAUAUAUAUAUAUACACUGUAUAGAUAUUCUGUAAAUGAAUGAACAAUAUAUGGUAUAUAUUAGGGGAGUAAUUCCCAACUCAGUACUGGGGACUUAAUGUGACCGCAGAUUUUUAUUCUAACCCUAUUUUUCCUAUAGCUUUAAAAGCUUAACUCUUUUUUUUUUAUUAUUUUGCCCUUUUCAUUUUCAUAUCUUAAUGAUGACAAUUAAGAGCAAGCAGAGCAGACACCUGAACAAACGACACCACUUAAAAGAAGUGGUGAGGUGGCCUUCUGCUGUUAUGCACCUAAAAUCUGGAAUAGCUGACCAAUAGAAAUUCGCCAGGCUAAUACAGUGGAGCACUUUAAAACACUGCUGAAAACACAUUACUUUAACAUGGCUUUCUCAUAAUUUCAUUUUAAUUUAAUCCUGAUGCUCCGCAUGUUCAAUUAAUUAUCAUUACUAUUCAUGGUGGCUGCAAAAUCCGUACUAACCCCUACUUUCUCUUCAGUUCUUUUUCUGGUUUUCUGUGGUGGAGAUCUGCGCCACCACCACCUGAUCAAAGCACCGUGAUGUCCUUACAUUGAUUGAUCAAAGGCCAGAAGUCCAUGUGACCGUCAUCAUCAAGUCCUUCCAUGAAAACCCUGAAUACAAUGAGGACUGAUCAUUUAUGUUACGUAGAAUGCCUAGAGGUGGCUGGGUGGUCUUGUGGCCUGGAACCCCUGCGGAUUUUUUGGUUUUUUCCUUCCUCCCUGGCCAUCGUACCUUACUUUUAUUCUAUGUUAAUUAGUGUUCUCUUAUUUUAAUUCCUACUUUGUCUUUUUUCUCUUUCUUCAUCAUGUAAAGCACUUUGAGCUACAUUAUUUGUAUGAAAAUGUGCUAUAGAAAUAAAUGUUGUUGUUGAAUAACGAAAGGCCGCAAUUAUUUCCGCGUUACACCCACUCAUGAGCAAAUAUGGAUUAAAUAACCAGAAGACAUGGAAUAGCAGAAUGAAAGUCAGGAUUGAAAACAUUGUUAAAAAGAAAAAGAAA